AUGCGGGCGCCUGCAGGGAUGGACAUGGCGAGCGAGCCUCUGAGCAAGGAGACUUUUGACCAGUUCUUCGGAUGCAGCUUCAUCACAGCACCUGUCACAACAAGACACAACCUCAUCGUAGACUUCAACAUCGGCUAUGAGGCUGACGAGAGCUUUCAGUGGUUGGACGAUUACGAGAGCAUACUUGCGUUCAUGAGAACUCCAUCACACGACAGCGAGCCGAUGCAGAAUGGCCCAGCAGAGACUGAAAUAGAGGAGAACGAAUGCUCGAACACGGAACAGGCCAUGGAAUCUGAUGAUAGCUUGCAUGCAUUCGUUAGCAAAGAUGGAAUAUCGUCGCCAGGAAUAGAGAAGGCUGGAAAUCAUUCUGGAAAUCAAGUUGAAAGUUCCUUGUGA